CAGGGUGAACGCGGUCACGUGGUGUCUCCGCACUUCCGCUCUCCAGCCUGCCUGUUCUUGUGUCGCCGUAUCGCUGAGACUCUCCGCUGAAGCGAGCGCAGCUCUCCACUCACCGUGUUGAAGGUCUAACAGCGGGUUUAUCGUGUGCUGGUCGCGAUGCAGCCGCUCAGUAGAGCUGUAGAAGUGUUUCUCCUGCUGCAGUCCCUGUCCGUGGUGUCGUGUACGUUCUCGGAUCCGGACUCGGGGCCUAGUGCGGGGGCUGGGGCUGGCCCGGCCGGCGGAGACCGCUUCAAGAUCGAGGGCAGAGCCAUCGUCUCCGGAGUUAAAUCGCAGGAGUGGGUGUCCUCAGCCCGGGUACUCGUAGAGGGAGGCGAGUAUGUGGGUUUCUUAAGAACUGAUGGAAGCUUUGCCGUGCAUGAUGUACCUUCAGGUUCCUAUGUUGUUGAAGUCAUAUCACCAUCUUACAGAUUUGAGCCAGCACGUGUGGACAUCACCUCUAAAGGCAAGAUGAGAGCACGCUUGGUGAAUUACAUCAAAACCUCAGAGGUCCUCCGACAGCCAUAUCCUCUUCAGCUGCGAUCUAGUGGACCACAUACGUACUUCAUGAAACGGGAGACCUGGGGCUGGACUGAUUUCCUCAUGAAUCCCAUGGUCAUGAUGAUGGUUCUUCCCUUGCUUAUCAUUGUUUUGCUCCCGAAAGUGGUCAACACCAACGAUCCUGAAAUGAGAAAGGAAAUGGAACAGUCCAUGAACAUGCUAAACCCCAACCCAGAACUUCCAGAUGUCUCUGAGUUUAUGACCAAACUGUUCUCUAAAGGAUCCAGCAAGACAGGAGGAGGAAGCAAAGGUAGCAGAAAUGCUGCUCUGAAGCGGAGGUAGUGCCGUGAACUGAAGAACCCCUCCGCACUCUCAAUUUUCCUGUAGCCUCAUUUUGUGGUCCGUUCUGUAAAUUGGUUACUUUUAAUUUUAUUUUUCAUCUACAAAACCUUAAAAGCAUAACAAUAGACUAACUUUAAUGGCUGACCAGCUUGAUAUGUCAGGGCUGUGUGUAAUAUUUGUAUUGUCUCAAUUUUUUCUUUUUUCUCUUUUUUUUUUAACUGGAUAAAAUGUCACCACAUGUAACAUUUAAUAUAUUCGUGUUUCACUUCCUGGAAAGAAUAGUUUAAUAAUAGAGCUUAAUAAUGUUUAAAACCAUUGUAAUAAGCAACAGUAAAAUUACAUCUUAUUUCAUUCUAAUAAGGGUCGGUUGGACCAAGAUUUCUAUGUUCUGAUGUCAUUAGGAUGGUAGUGUAUGCUUUUAUUGCUGCUGCAGCUGAGAUUCCUAAAACAGAUCCUCUUUAGGGUUGAGGCGGUUGCAGUUUCAGUCCUGUUGGAGCUGGAGCUCAGGGUAAGCUGGCUGAAAUGUUGAACGGUUUGUGGACCCUCACGGUUCUUGCACUGUUGCACACUUCAGCCGAAGAUGAUUGUCAAGUUGACGCCAACCCAAUUUCCACAACUACUUGAAGCAGAAUUUUUACUUUAAAAUAUUCCUUGAUAUUUUGUUGAAUUUGUACAUGACUGUGAAUGAAGAUGAUAAAUGCAUAAAAGUUUUAGCUAUUAAAUAUGAACAUAUUUAAACCGAAUGGUAAUAAAUUGUGAUGGACA